AGGGAAGUUUUGCAGAGGUUUACAUUUGCAGCCACUUCAGUGUUUGCAAAUAUUGUCAGCACCCAGCAAGUCCUCUGCUCCAGGAGGAGGAGGAGGAAGGACUCAGCCUUCUCUAUUAUUUUUAUUAUUAUUAUUUUUGCUAUGCAAUGACACUUGCAUGAAAACUGGCUUGCCUAUUCCAUUUUACUGGGAAUUACUAUUAUUAUUUUUUAUUUAGUUUUUUGCAUAUUUUUAUGCAUAUCCAACACCUUUUGGGAUUAUUAUAUUUUUUAUCAUCAUUAUUAUUAUUGUUGCCUAUGCCUAGAUCUAUGGUAGCCUUUCUAUUUUUCUAGCAUCAAAAAAAAAAAAAAAAAAAAAACCCUGACUCCUCUCUCUUUCUCCAUCUCUACCCUCUCUAUAAAUAUAUAUCUAUAAAUAUUUAAUAAUAUCCUUAGUAGAUCAUGGAUGUUUUACCAAUGUGCAGCAUCUUCCAGGAGCUACAGAUUGUGCACGACACUGGCUAUUUCUCAGCAUUGCCCUCCCUGGAAGAAUAUUGGCAACAGACAUGCCUUGAAUUGGAGCGAUAUUUGCAAAAUGAGCCUUGUUAUGUGUCUGCGACUGAAUUUAAAUUUGACAGAGAGGAGGAACUCUGGACCAAAUUUAUCCUAGCAUGUGAGACGAAAGAGGAGCCUGACCACAAGAUUACAUGCAUUAAGACUGAGGACAUCAGUGACAGCCAGAUUUUAGAGACCAAUAGCUUAAACUCUGAUGUUGGAAGUGAGUCUUCUGAUGGUUCAGAAGAACUUUCACCAACCUCAAAAUUUACCUCGGAUCCAAUAAGUGAUGUUUUGGCCACUUCUGGAACCUUUAGUUCAUCUGUCACUUCAACUCCCCCGUCAUCGCCAGAACAGAGCAAGGAGUCUCCUUCCCACUUGUGGAAUGGUAUAACUGGCGAAUUGCAUUCACCAGGAAAAAUUAAAUCUGGUUCCAUUAUAAAGACUGAACAAGGUAGCCCUAUUAGUGGAGAAACCUCACCAGAUGGACGGAAACGUAUCCACAAGUGUACUUUCAAUGGCUGCAAGAAGGUUUACACCAAGAGUUCACACCUGAAAGCACACCAACGCACUCACACAGGAGAAAAGCCUUACAGAUGUUCCUGGGAGGGCUGUGAGUGGCGCUUUGCAAGAAGUGAUGAACUCACCAGACACUUCCGAAAACACACUGGUGCCAAACCAUUUAAGUGCCCGCACUGUGACAGGUGUUUUUCUAGGUCUGAUCACCUGGCCCUUCACAUGAAGCGUCACCUCUGAAUGAGUCAAGGGGGAAGUCGUGAAUAAGAAACUUCAAGGUUGAAAUGCCUUGUGCGAGGGAUGCGUGUUCCAGCCAAAGCAUGCCAAUUUGCACCCUAACCAGAUGCCUUCUAGACCUCAUUUCUUAGAGCGUCUUCGUAGGGCUAAUCAAUCGUGUCAGAUGCGGCAUAGCAACCACCUAGUGCUACACCUGGAGUCUCCUCGACCCCGGCACUUGUGGUGCUUUAUCUUCUGAACGGCUUGUCUAAGCCUUCGCCGUGAGCAUGUGCACUGAGAAUGUUAAUGAUUGGGUGACUGAAUGGUAACGAGGAGCCAAUGUCUGUAUGUGGAGGAUUUUUAUUUUCUUAAGGUUGAGCUCAAAUGUGAGGGUUUGGAAAAUAAAAGUGGAAAAAUGGUUUGAAUGAUUUUUUUAUUUUUCUUUGUAUGCCAUGGCAUACUGUAUUUGGGACUCUACCAUCCAUCGUUUUCAUCUGGGUUCUACAGAAGGAGGAUGAGGAACCCCCAAUGGAUCCAUUUCCUGUACGAGAGGAGCUUUUGUUGUCUGGUGCAGCUAUUAACGUGCAAUGUGUCAAGUAGCCUGUCUUUUGUUUUGUUUUUUGUUUUUUACAUGCUACAAUGAUCAUUUGUAACCCAUUGUAUAAGCUGUGUAUUUACAAAUAUAACAAAACUAUAACUUUUCAUUAUAAUAGAAAGAUAUUGCAUGGUUCAGGGGAAAAAAAAACGACACUUUUUUUUUUUUUCUUUUUCAUUCAUACUUUAAAUCAGGACUGCAAGUUAUAAUUCCAGAUGAGAGCAGCUAAAUACAAUUGGUCUGGUUUUGUGUUACUAUGUAUGGAACCUAAAAUAUAAGUGGAGAAAACCACUAGAGCUUAAAUUUUUUUUUUAUUUUUUUUUUUUUCUCAUGCAGCUAAUUUUCUAUUAUUUAUGCCUUGAGGACUAAUUUCUGGUUUUCUAGCUGUUAAUGCACUGUUGACCUUAAAAUGGUGCCUUAUGGAAGUGACCUUUACAUAUUACAAGGUCUGAUACAGGGGUUUACGCUUUGUAAGCUUACUUAAGGCUCUGUUGUCACCCAGGAGUGUACAUUUUCCUUUUCCGAAGCUAAAAAGCAUAUGUACAUAUACAGUUAACCUUUGUAAAAUGUAGGAGCAUACAGAAUUGUCUGUAGCCUGACAAAGCAUUUAGUUUAAUUUGCUAUAUAUUGACUGUCGAUGUAGUAAUGCCCUGCUUUUUUUUCCACAACUAAUCUUUCUGCCCUCUUGCUUUAUAUUUUCUUUAAACUGAAUUUGCACAAAUGUAUCCUGUAUCCGUACAUGCACUUAAAUAUGUAAAUGCUCACACAUUGGAGGUACAGAGUAAAUGUCUUGAAUUGAAGAGUACUUCAUUGCUUUCUAAACUUUUUAGAUUUAAAAUAUCCACCAAAGCAAAAUUCAGAUGACCUGUUUUUUUUUCCUACUUGGAUAAGCUCGCUAGUGCCACACUAAUAUCGACAAACCGCGAGUUUUGAGUCAACGCGAGUAUAAUAUUUAGUCCAAAAUAAUUGACUUGAAAGCAGAAAAGUUAAAUUAGGAUUCCUUGGCCUAAACAUUGUAAUCUGGUUGUCCAAUUUAACCACACACUGCUAAAAUAAAAA